AUGUAUAAGUCAAUCACUACCUUACUUAAACAACAACCUCAGUCUAUCCUUAGAAACUAUUCAACAGACAAGUUUCCAAGAGGAUUCAAGACUGGUACUGCUGCAUGUGGACUAAAGAAAACAGGUAAUAAGGAUAUUUGUAUUAUUCACUCGAGUGCACCAUGUAACGUUGCAGCGGUGUUCACCGAGAACAAAGUGAAAGCUGCACCAGUCUUGCUUAGCAAACAACUCCUCGAAACCAACAACUACAAGGGUUUCAACUCAUUGGUUAUCAACAGUGGUGGUGCCAAUGCAUGUACCGGUGAACAAGGUUUGAAAAACGCCAAAACAAUGUCCAACUUGACUUCAUCGCUAUUGAAAGCACCACAAGCUUCACUCGUCAUGUCUACAGGUAUCAUCGGUCAACAACUCGAUAUGUCAAAAGUUGAAAAAGGUAUUGCCGAUGCCGUAACCACUCUAAAUGAAUCAGAUUGGAUUUCCGCUGCAAGAGCAAUUAUGACAACAGAUAAAGUACCAAAAUUAGCACAAAAGAGUGUCAGUUUGAAUGGUGGUGAAGUACAUAUCGUCGGUAUUUGUAAGGGUGCCGGAAUGAUUCAUCCAAAUAUGGCUACGAUGUUGUGUACUGUCUGUACGGAUGCAUCGAUCAGUGAGGAUUGUCUUCGUGCUCUCUUGAAACACUCGGUUCACUACUCAUUCAAUUCGAUCAAUGUAGACGGUGACAUGUCGACCAAUGACACCGUGGCGAUAUUCGCCAAUGGUUCCGCCGGCAACAAACACAUCACCGAUACAACAUCGUCGGAUUUCCUCCAGCUCCAGGAGGCGGUGCGUGAAGUAACCACUCGUCUCGCACAGAUGAUCGUUCGUGACGCCGAGGGUGCAUCAAAGUUUGUCACCAUCAAAAUUCACGGUGCCGACACCGAGCAGAACGGACACAUCGUUGCCAACAGCAUUUCGACAUCGUCGUUGGUCAAGAGUGCGUUGUACGGUGAGGAUGCCAAUUGGGGUCGUGUGUUGGCUGCCGUCGGAUACAGUGGUGUCGACAUCGAUCCACUCAAGGUGUGCAUGUGGUUCGCCAAGGGCGACGGAAAGGAUGUCGGAUUGGGCAAGAAGAACGAUCCAGAGACUUCAAUGCAAUUCCUCGAGAAAGGAACACCACUCGCCAAAGAUGAAAACAAAGCUGCUCAAUUGCUGAGCAACAACGACGUUGCUAUCGUCGUCGAACUUGGAAUGGGUAAAGCAUCGUCCACCAUGUGGACUUGUGAUUUAACUGAGGAAUACGUUAGAGCCAACUCUCAUUACAGAACAUAA